CACUGACGAGCCUACGACCUUUUAACUGGAUUUCAUAGAAUAACAUCUUGUGGCUGAGGAUGCGCAUAUAAUAUUAUAUCGUAGAUAUUGCGGAAAGCAAGAAGAACACGUUUCAUUGGUUUCUUUGGGAGAGAUCAGUGCGUCUGUAGGAUGCGAAAGAGAUUUCUUUGAGAAACAAAGAUGAGUGUGACAUCGUGGUUUCUGGUCAGCAGUUCUGGUACUCGUCACCGUCUGCCUCGGGAAAUGAUCUUUGUUGGCCGGGAGGACUGUGAGCUCAUGCUGCAGUCUCGGAGUGUAGAUAAACAGCAUGCUGUUAUCAACUAUAACCCUGCCACAGAUGAGCACCUCGUCAAGGACCUUGGAAGUUUGAACGGGACUUUUGUCAAUGACUUGAGAAUUCCCGACCAAACAUAUAUAACGCUCAAGCUGUCAGACAUUGUUCGUUUCGGAUAUGAUUCACAUGUGUAUAUUCUUGAGAGGAGUCAACAUAAAGUCCCUGAGGAAGCACUCAAGCAUGAGAAGUACACCAGUCAGCUACAGAUGGGCAUAAAAUCUGAAGAGGGAAAACAGCAGAAUGUGCAAGAAGAAAAGUGUAAAUUAGAGCGCUCCGAUCGUAAGAGUCUCACAGAGUCCCCUGUACCCCGACCAACACCAUUGUAUGGCCAGCCAUCAUGGUGGGGUGAGGAGGACUCUGGGAACAUGGAAAACAGUGAAGUACGAAGGUCAAGUGACAAUCAUUCAGACCUAACCAAGGAGAUCCACACAGCCGAGGAUGAUUUUAACCUUCAGGAGAUCCAUGAUGGUCAGGCAAAGUCAACCUACCUGUACAACAGAGAGCCCAGCUAUUUUGAAAUUCCAACCAAGGAGUUUCACGUGCAACACAAGUCCCCAACGACAGACUUGAUUGACAUCCCAACCAAAGAUACAAAUGUUUCUCUGAUCUCUACACCUCCAGUUGUCCAAAGUCACGCUUCUUUUACUAUCGAGUUUGAUGAUUGCAUGCCAGGCAAGAUUAAAAUCAAAGAUCAUGUGACCAAGUUCUCGUCCCGUCAACGUAGCAAACAGCAGCAGCCCGGUAAAACUUUGGCAGCCACUCCCACAGAGGUAUUGUCAGCCGAGAGCAAGGUGGCAGAUUGGCUUGUGCAGAGUGAUGUCAGCAUGAUGUGCAGGAGGACACCCUGUGAGGACGUAUACAGCACUAAGAGUGACUUGGCGAUGCAUAUUCGGACACUCAAAGGACACCAUCAUGACGACGGAACCCAGAGUGAUUCUGAAGACCCUGUGAUGAAAGAAAAAUGCAGCAAGUCACAUCAUUCCAUGCAAUCAGUACAGUCAUACCAGUCAACUCAAUCAAAGACAUCCGAACCAUCAGAAUCACUUUUGUCCCAGCAGUCUGUCUUAUCACAAAAAUCUCAUCAUCCUCAAGCACUCUCACAACACAAACACCACCAAGGAAAGCUCGAUGAAGGUGAAGAUCCUCCCAUCCAAGAAGGCUCCUCUCCUCCUCGGACAGAGGUCGAGCCCAGUCACACUGAGCCUCACACUCAACAGGCCUUCAUUAUAGAGUUUUUUGAUGAUAAUCCCAGAAAGAAGCGAUCGCAAUCCUUUACCCACAAUUCUGUGCAUGCGGACUCCUACUCUGCACUGAAGGCCAAACUAGAGAGGCGCAAAGGUCUGGCUCAUGGAGAAAGACCCGCCUCUGUGCAUGGACAUGUUCCUCCAACCCAGCAAAUCACUGUUCCCCUGAAAGGAGCGAGCCAUGGAGGUUCACAGCGAUCAAGCUCACUGAAAAGGGAGAAGACAGAAGACACUGGGAGCAGCUCAUCCCUAUUAGGGAUCUCCUCUCGCUCCUCACCAACUAUCACCAUAAAGCCUUUUGGAAGUAUGGGCAAAAAUUCUAGACUAGCUCAGGAAUUUACGGAAGAAUUCUCCAAGGAUACAGGAAAUAAUUUUUUGCCACCUAAGUCUGCUCCACCAGUGAUGAUGUCCCCAUCACACACUCCUUCAUCCUCCCCGGCAGAGACCUCUGGACACGUAUCUGUAUCAUAUCCAUCUUCUCCAUGCCAGCACUCUGCAUUACCCCAGUCUCUACUCUCAGCAUCAACGCCCGUCUCGGCCCCUUCCCACAUCCCUGGAAGGAGUCCAGUUUUUAGUGCCUCCCCAGUCUGCUCAUCGGUUCCCCAAGUUUCACCACAGGUAGUUAGUUGUGUUGAAACUAAGGCAACAAGGGUGACGCGAACCGAAGAGGAAGACAGUCUGAGUGAUGCUGGUACCUACACAAUUGAGACUGAGUCACAAGAUAAGGAAGUAGAAGAAGCUAGAAGUAUGAUUGACCAGGUAUUUGGUGUUUUAGAUGCGCCGGAAUACAGUGGUCAGACUGUUGGAGUUUAUAGGCCUGUGAUUGAUGAUGGGGACAACGAGCAGCUAUUCUUUAGUCAAAGCCACAGUAAUGCAGCUGAUGUGAUGUCAACACCAUCAUUAGGCCAUGGCAGGGACCAGGUCAUCUCAUUGCAGGCACAUGCUGGUGUAGUAGGGCCUAAAUGGGUUUCACGUUGGGCCAGCCUUGCAGACACUUAUAGUGAUCCUGGGGCUACACAAGGAUCUGUACCAGUUCCACCCCAAAGUGGACCUGCAGAAAGAGAUGACAGAGUGACAUUAAUUAUUGGUCAAUGCUUGGAUAUCUCAGAAUCAGAGGGAAGUCAAAGUUCCAGGACUAGACGGCUACUUCCUCAGGUUCCUCCUGGAGAAAAACUAGAAAACACAACCCCUAGUAUCUUAAUCCGUCAUGAAACAAACUUUGACCAUGAGCCACCAGAGAAAGGUUCCAGAAUGCCACAGCAGCAAGACAACACUCAGAGGCUACGUGUCCAAGAUGAUGUGGACCCAGACAGCCUGAGUGACACCAGCCGUUCAGAUGAUAGCUCUAUUCUUGAUAGAAGUGGUAGGAGCCAAGGAAAACGAGGAACUACAAGACACCCAUCUUCAGAAAAUGUAAACCAUUCCAGAGAGCUGAGAGAGAUGCCACAACCCACUCCCAAACCCACUUCAUUUUAUAUCGGCUCUGAGGAUGGUUUAUCCAAGUCUGAUGUGUCCAAAAGUCCAGUUCUUUCACAGCCAGAAAAAGACUCUGCUUUCAAGAUACCUCCAACUACUGUCUUGAUACGACAUUUGAGUGGCCAUGAGUCUAGACGUCCAGUAAAACCCAACUCAUCAGCCCCAGAUCUUCAAACACAUAACAGGGAUGUGGUGCCCACCAAAGAAAGUUCAACCUCAUUUGUUCGACAGGAGAGUUUUACCAAAGACAGGCCAAGUGAAAACAUUCAAGUCAAGAAACUGCCACAUAUCUCUAGUCAUCCUGCUUUGCGAAGCUUGGAUACAGAGGAGACACUUCAAGAUACAUUAACCUUUCUUAAGGAAGCAGAGAAAUCCUUGGCACCAGAAGAGAAGUUGCCUGGAUGUAAUCAACGAUCAAAAAAAGGAAGCUCUCCUGCACAAGAAGACUCCUUUUCUGGUGACUCAGAUGUGGAUACUGCCAGUACUGUAAGCAUGGUCAGCAGUAAAAAUGCCCCUGUCAGUUCACUUAAGAAGCACACGUCUGCAAAUGACACGGGUAAGGAGAAAUCAUCAUCUGGUUUACCUGCAAAACACAAAGCACGACAACCCACAGCUCGUGAACGACUGUCAGAGAAACGCAAAAAUCAUGCCUCUGCAGAUAAUACCAGUAAAGCUGAACUAAGUCGUCGACUCCAGCUUCGUCGAAGUGCUGGCAACCGUGGUUCUUUAGACCUUUCAGAUAAUCAGCAUGGUCAGCAGCCAUGGCCUGAAGCGGUUGCUUCUGACCAUGAGUCAAGUUCACGGCCAAACAACCGUAAAAAAAUCACUGCUCCCCUGCAGAAGGAGGACCCCAAUAAGGUGACCAAAGGAAGCCAUCAGGUGCUGACCAGAUCCAACAGUCUUUCAGCCCCAAGACCAACACGUGCCUCCAUGCUCCGCCGAGCUCGACUAGGUGAGGCCUCAGAUAAUGAGAGCGCAGAGACAGACCGCGCAUCUCCAAGUUCUGAGCACAGUAAGACAGAAUCAAAAAAACUCUCAAGGCUAGACAUUCUUGCCAUGCCUCGGAAACGCACAAGGUCCUUCACUGUUCCAAGUGACAAUGAGUCAACUUCAAGUAAGCAUGGCAUUUCUAACCGUACCUCAGAAGCAAGUAGCAGUGCAAGGAAAGGUGCUUCAAGUGAGGCGAGGCAUGCUAACAGCAAAGGGACUGCAGCAGCUGGGAAACACUCCUCCUCUCGUACCCAUUCUAACCAAGUUAAACACAGUAGCACAGCUGGCUCCCACCGUAGACAAAGGGAUUCUGACUAUUCCUCUACCUCAGAGGAAGAGUUUGAGACUAAGACCAACUGUAAACAAAAACGGUCCCAUGCAUCAGCUUCAACUCAGACACAGACACCACAGAAGACCGCUCAAAUGAGGCUAAAAUGUGGCUCUUUGGAAACAGAAGAGGAUGAAACUCAGAACGAACACUUCCAGAACUGGUCAACUCAUAGUGCAGAGAUUGCCAGGCUGAGUCAAGAUCUUGCUAAAGAUCUUGCCAUUCUUGCUCGUGAAAUCCAUGAUGUAGCAGGCGAUGGUGAUUCCCAGGCAUCCUCAGGCAUAGGAGCUACCACUUCCCCAGUCUCCAUGCCCAAUACCCCUGCAUCCACUAUCUCAACCAGAGAGGAGAGACCAUAUGCAUCAUUACAGAGUUUCCUGUUACCUCAGCUGGUACAGCAUAUACCCGAGGCAAGUUUGAACUAUCAAAAGGUUCCUCCAGGCUCAACUAGUCCAAUAGACCAGGACUCAAAUAUGAACGACCAUGACAGUUCCAGACGGCGUCCCUGGAACCGUGAAGAGGUAAUACUGGACAAUCUGAUGUUGAAUCCAGUUUCCCAGCUCUCACAGGCUAUCAGGGAGAACACGGAGCAACUAGCUGAGAAAAUGAAAGUUCUGUUUCAUAAUAAAACCGAGGUCUGGGAGGAAAUAGAGGCAAAAAUUAAUGCGGAAAAUGAAGUUCCAAUCAUUAAGACAUCUAAUAAGGAAAUUUCAUCUAUUCUUCAAGAACUGCGAAGGGUCCAGAGACAACUGGAGGUGAUCAACACUAUUGUUGAGCCUGGUGGGAUCCUCAAGAUGCCCCCAAAGGUAACUUCUCCUGGGGGAAAGAUCAAGUCUGCUCCCAAGGAGUUUACCAGCUCCUCUUCUACCAAUGCCAAUGCAAGUGCUAAGCAAGGUCCCAGAGGUUCUGGGGGAGGGCGAUAUGUAUAGGUAAUAUCUGCAAAUCUCUUUGGAGACUCGAAAAGUAUAUUUGUAAAUUAUUGGAAGACUAUAUGUGGUGCUAAUAUGCAUCACAUGUUUGUUUUUUUCAAGACUGGACACACUUUAAGCUAAAGUAGGCAGUAAACAUUUCAAUAUCUGUAAUCAGUGGCUUACUUGAAAGAUUGUCAUGAAUACCAUGUUGUCAUUCAUGAUUGAGUGAAUCAGUCAGUAUUGUGUUGCUGUAUUACCGUACCAGUUCCCACUGGUAUUAUUGUAGCAUUCGAACCAUGGUCAUUGUCAAUCAUGUAAUGCACUUGGCUGCUACAAACCUACAGCAUGACAAAAGGCUGAGUACACAGUACAUGGCACAGCCGUUAGCUUGCUUUGCAGAACAAAUCAUUUGUUUAAGGCAGUCAGUUAAUAGUUGAUAACUGAAUCUUUUUAGUUUUGAGAAAAUGACUACUAAUUCACAGAUAUAGCAAGAUAAAAAGUAAUCAAUAUUUGGCAUAAAUUAUAAUUAAGGCUGAAUUGUGAUCAUACAAUGCAAAAAAACGGUUAAUUAACAGUUUUCUGUAGUUGUGUCCUGUUGUGAUUUAAUGGGUGUUUUCCAGUUAUUUAAGCU